GAACCUUGCGGCUAUUCAGGACAGGGAGAUUUGUUGCUACUCUAUAUCGUGCAAGGAGAAGGAGAACAUAGAUAUAACAUUACAGUGGCUGAUCCAACACUCCAAGUCCGGCCGCUGAGGCGGGCCAAUCGGAAGCCUGUGCAUUUAUACUAGCAUGACGAUGUCACGGUGAUGUCACUUCCUGGUUUAGUCUUUCCACCUCCGUGGUGUUUUGAGUCCUAGGGUGCGAGUGAGCCGUAGACUCGCUAAGGAAAUUGAUGGUCAAAAAACAUUCAAAUGAACGCAUGCUUUCGGGCG